AUGGCCAACGACAUACCCAUCGCGGUUGCAGGGCUGGCAUGUCGGUUCCCCGGCGACGCCAGCACCCCGUCCAAGUUCUGGGACAUGCUCAAGGAGGGCAGAGAUGCCUACUCCCCAACAUCGAGCAGAUGGAACUCGGACGCCUUCUACCACCCCAACACCACCCGCACCAAUGUUAUCCCAACGAAGGGCGGGCACUUCCUCAAAGAAGACCCUUACGUCUACGAUGCGGCCUUCUUCAACAUCACAGCAACCGAGGCAGUGGCUCUGGACCCUAAGCAGCGAAUUGCAAUGGAAGUUAUGUACGAGGCCCUCGAGAACGCCAAUCUUAGCCUUCAGGACGUUUGGGGCACCCAGACGACGUGUUAUAUCGGCUCCGCGGUGAGCGACUACAGGGACUCUGUGAUACGAGACUUCAUGCAGAACCCAAAAUACCAUCUUCUCGGCACCGGCGAGGAGAUGAUCUCCAACCGCAUCUCGCACUUCCUCAACAUCCACGGCCCUAGCGCCACCGUUGCCACGGCAUGCUCGUCCAGCCUUAUGGCUACCCAUAUGGCUGUGCAAAGCAUCAAGUCGGGCGAGGCAGAUAUGGCUAUCACUGGCGGUGUUGGUCUGAUGCUCACACCUGACUUCACAACACAUCUGGCGAACCUGUCGUUUCUCAACCCAGCCGGACAAUCGAGAGCCUUCGAUGAAAGCGCGGGCGGUUAUGGUCGUGGGGAGGGCUGUGGUAUCAUCAUCUUAAAGCGACUCGACAAGGCGCUCGCAGACGGCGACAACAUCCGCUCUGUGAUACGAGCCACUGGCGCCAACUCUGAUGGCUAUACACAAGGAGUGACGAUGCCCUCGCUUGAGGCCCAGGCGGCCCUCAUCAAGCAUGUAUACGAGUCUCAUGGGCUAGACUUUGGCUCGACUCAAUAUGUCGAGGCGCACGGCACUGGCACCAAGGCUGGAGAUCCCAUUGAGGCCGAGGCAAUCUAUUCCACAAUCGGGAAGGGGGCGUCCAGACGAGGGAAAUUGUGGAUGGGAAGCGCCAAACCCAACAUCGGUCAUCUGGAGCCUGCUGCCGGUGUAGCAUCCAUAAUCAAGGGCGUUUUGGCCUUGGAGCACGGCCUGAUCCCGCCAAACGUCCGCUUCCACAACCCUAAUCCUGCCAUUCCUUUCGACAAAUGGAACAUGGCGGUUCCUACUGAGCUCACCCCAUGGCCAAUGGCCCGCACCAAGCGUGUGAGCAUCAAUGGCUUCGGUAUGGGUGGUACGAAUGGCCACGUAGUGCUGGAAGCCUUCAAUCCAUCACCCGCGAUCAAUGGUAACGGCACCGUGAAGCUGCUCAACGGCAGUGGUCCCUUGUCCAAGCCACGGAGCAGUGCGCGCCUCUUCACCUUCAGCAGCUACGACCAGGCUGGCUUCAAGCGCAACUCUACGGCGCUAGCCGAGCACUUAGCAAGCCAAGGCCCGGCAGCCUCGAGCCCUGAAUUCCUGGCCAACUUGGCCCACACCCUCUCCGGGGCGCGAUCACGCCUCUCAUGGAGGGCCACCUGUGUCGCGGACAGCGCAACAGAGCUUCGCGACUACCUGACCACACGCCCAGGCGAUGGCGCCACCCGAGACACCAGCUCAAGCACCGGCUCAAAGCGCAUUGGCUUCGUCUUCACGGGUCAAGGAGCCCAGUGGGCACGCAUGGGCGUCGAGAUGCUAGACCGCCCCGUCUUCGGUGCAUCAGUGGCCAAAUCAGCCCAAUUCCUCAGCGACAUGGGCUGCACAUGGGACCCCGCGACCGAGCUGCUCAAGAGCCAGGAGGAUGGCUCGCGCCUUGGCCUUCCUGAGAUCAGUCAGCCUAUCUGCUCGGUGCUCCAGAUCGCCCUGGUUGACGAGCUGCGAGCUUGGGGCAUCACGCCGUCCCGGGUGGUCGGGCACUCGAGCGGUGAGAUCGCUGCGGCUUACAGUAUUGGCGCCCUGGGACACCGGGAUGCCAUUGCGGCUGCCUACUUCAGAGGUGUGGCUGCUACUAAGCUGCGCACCGAGUCGCCAGACCUCAAACUCGGCAUGAUGGCUGUAGGUUGCUCGCGCGACGAGGCCGAUGAGCUGAUUGCGCAGCAGUCUAAGCUCAACAGUGGCGGCGGCAAGGCUACAGUAGCCUGCGUCAACUCCCCGUCGAGCGUAACGCUGUCGGGCGAUGUGGACUCACUGGAUAUUCUCCGAGCUGUGCUGGACGAGCGAAAGGUUUUUGCGCGGCGUCUGAAGGUCGAGAUGGCCUACCACAGUUCGCACAUGAACAAGGUAAUGGAUCACUACCUGUCGACCAUUUCCGAUGUUGAGCCCCUUCCGGCACGUGAGGACCAGGGCACGAUGGUAUCGAGUGUCACGGGCUUCGAGAUUAGCCCUGAGGCACUGGGCCCGUACUACUGGGUGCGCAACCUGGUUUCGCCUGUGCUGUUCUCCGACGCUGUCAAGGAGCUCGUGUCCCCAGAUGACGACGGUGAGGGCAACACGGUCGACCUCCUGAUUGAGGUUGGACCUCACAGCGCUCUUGGCGGGCCAGUCGAGCAAAUCCUGAGCCACCACGGUAUCGAAAAGGUUGACUACGACUCCAUUCUUACUCGCGGCAAGGACGCACUCAAGACAAGCUUGAAGCUUGCCUCCAACCUAUUCCUCGCUGGCGUUCCGUUGAAUAUCAGCCAGGUCAACGGCGACCUGUACACGCGCCAGCUUGUCGACCUGCCCCCCUACCAAUGGAACCAUACCAAGGCCUUCCGGCAUGAGACGCGCAUCCAGAGGGAGCUGAUGACGCGGCAAUUCCCCAACAAGAGCCUCUUGGGCGCGCACAAUGCCAUGAUGGACGAGACGCAGCACGUGUGGCGCAACUUCAUCCGGCUGGAUGACGAGCCGUGGAUCCGCGGGCACACAAUUGGCAGCACGGUGCUGCUGCCGGCGGCGGGCAUGGUCAGCAUGGCACUGGCGGCCGCACAGCAGCUGGCCGAGCCCGAGAAGACGCCACGCGCCUUGCGCCUUCGCGAGGUCUCCUUCUUCGCAGCCAUGGCCCUGCCCGAAGACGCCGCUACCGAGGUCAUUACGACUCUGCGGCCGCACCUUGUCGGCACGUCCGGCUCGAGCUCGUCUGCGUGGUGGGAGUUCACCAUCUCGUCGGGUGUCGGUGUUGAGCAGCUGCGUGAUAACUGCCGUGGCUUGAUCGCUAUCGAGUACAAGGAGUCGACGAGCCCGCAGAUGGCCCACGAGAAUGCUGAGCUCGAGACUGCCCGCAUCACGGACUUCCACCGCAUCGUUAAGGAGUGCCCCGACACUCUGUCCAAGACGGAGUUCUACGCCCAGUGUGCCAAGAUUUCAUGGAACUAUGGCGAGCUCUUCCAGGGCGUUGAGAAGGUCCAUCUCGGCGACGGCCAGACAGCAUACGACGUGAAGCUUGCUGACAUUGGUGAGACGUACAGCCGGGGCCUGGAGCGGCCUUUCCUGAUCCACGGGGCCGCCCUCGACGCCAUCAUCCACGGCGCGCUCGGCGGCACCUACAAGAACAAGACGUUCCAGCAGGACAAGCCGCUGCUGCCCACCUACAUCGGCGAGAUGGAAAUUUCUCUGGAUAUCCCCGACGACGUCGGCUACGUGCUUCACACAUCUUGCGUGUCCAAGAAGCUCGGUUUUAAUGCGCUCUCCUCGAACAUCGUCUCGUUCGAUGACACUGUCUCAAAGACAUUCCUGUCCAUGACCGACUUCCGUCUCACGGAGCUGGGCAACGAUGACAAGCAGGACGAUGGCAAGAUCGAGGUCGACCCGGCUGAGAUCACCUCCGAGGUUCGCUGGAACUAUGCGCUCGAGGUGAUGAAGCCCGAUGAAAUCGCCAAGGUCGUCUCAGCAGCUGCUAAGGAAGAAAGGGCUGCCGAGCUCCUUCACAUGCUCAUUCACGACAAUCCCGCAGCAACUGUUAUUGAACUCGUCUCCGACAGCGAGGCGCUCCCUCAUGCGAUCGUGUCAAGGCUUCCCAAGGGUACCAUCCUUCCGAGCCAGGUGAAGUACGCUGUCGCUGCGGGCGUUAAUGCUGAGCUGGACAAGUCGUCCUUGUUCGGUGAUGCAUUCUCGCUCGGCGGUGCCGACGAGGCCUUGCCUGCUGAUACCACGCCAGCUGAUCUGCUGGUGGUCCCUCAGUCAGUGAGUACACUGAAGGACCUGGACAAAGUCUUGGCUCGCCUGGCUGGCCUUUCCAAGCCGGAUGCGGCCAUAAUUCUCUCUGUCGGUGCCAAAGCCGGACCUGCGUUGGAGGCCAAGGGCUUCCGCCCUGUGUUCGGAGUCGAGGGCGCUGCGCUUUACAAGCAGCAACCGGAGCAGCAAAGCAAUGGCGUCAACGGAGUCAAUGGAACGUCCUCAAGCACACGCGAUUUCAUCGUCAUUGAGCCGACUACACCCUCGACCCCCAUCAAGUCCUUCUCCAGCGCCUUGCAGAAGGCUCUCAGGGAUGAAAACCACAGCUCAGCAGCCAUGUCGUGGGCAGACUUCAGCAUCCAAGGUGCCAAUGAGACCGAGGGCAAGACCUUCAUCUCCCUCGUGGAGCUGGAGAAUCCGUUGCUGGACGAUCUCUCUGAGCCCGAUUUCGACAAGGUCAAGAAGCUAGUCUCCACCAGCGAGCGCCUUCUCUGGGUCACUGGCAGUGACAACCCUUCCAUGGCCGUGAUCGAUGGUCUCUCGCGGACGGCGAGGAACGAGAACGCCAGCCUCAAGUUCCAGGUCAUGCAUCUCAGUACUCCCGACACGGCGCUGCGACAUGGGCCGUCCCUGGCCACCCGCCUCGUGACUUGCGAGACCAAAGACGAUGAGUUCCGCGAGCAGGACGGAUUGCUCACCGUCAGCCGCUUUUUCAACAGCGUCGAGGGGAAUAAGGCAGUCCGUUACUGCCUUGAGGAUUCCGUUCGCGUGCAGCCUUUGAAAGAAAAUAACGACACCGACACGCCUGAGGCCCUCAGACUUACUAUUGGCAAGCCGGGUUUGUUGGACUCGCUGGCUUUCAUUCACGAUGAGCGUUUUGACGCUCCGCUUGGGGAGAUGGAAAUCGAGUUGGAUGUCAAGGCAACGGGUGUCAACUUCAAAGAUGUCAUGGCCUCCAUGGGCUUGGUUGAGGUGUCACUCAUUGGCCACGAAGCAAGCGGCACCAUCGUCGCUGUGGGCAGCAAGGCUGCAGGUCGAUUCCAGCUCGGAGACCGCGUUGUCGUAUCCGGAGAGGGAAUGCACGCAACCAGGCUUCGAAGCGACCACCGCCUCGCCGUCAAGAUCCCCGACACAAUGUCUUUCGAGGAGGCGGCCGUCCUGCCAACGGUACACGCAACAGCGUAUCACGCCCUCGUUAACGUCGCGAAGCUCCGUCCCGGCCAGUCAGUCCUGAUUCACGCGGCGGCGGGCGGAGUCGGACAGGCUGCGCUGCAAUUGGCCAAGCACCUUGGCCUCGUGGCCUACGUGACUGUCGGCAGCGAGGACAAGCGCACUCUAGUUAUGGAGAAGUACGGCGUGCCCGCAACGCACAUCUUCAACUCGCGAGAUGCCAGCUUCGUCAAGGCCAUCAAGCGCGUGACCAGCGGGCGUGGCGUCGACUGUGUUCUGAACUCUCUUUCAGGCGAGCUCCUGCGAGCGUCAUGGGAGUGCGUUGCCAUGUUUGGCACGUUUGUUGAGAUUGGUCUGCGCGACAUCACCAACAACAUGCGCCUCGAUAUGCGACCCUUCAUUAAGUGCACCACCUUUGCCUUCAUCAACCUGACCAACUUCUUCGACGACCACAAAGACAUCGCCGGCCAGAUCCUGCAGGACACGUUCGACCUCGUGCACAAGGGCGUGCUCUAUGCGCCGAGCCCCCUGACCGCCUACCCUGUCGGCGAGAUCGAGUCCGCAUUCCGCACCAUGCAGCGCGGCAAGCACCGUGGCAAACUCGCCCUGUCAUUCCCUGACGGCGCCCAGGCCAAGGUCUAUCGUCGUGCCAAGGAUGCCCUCAAGCUCGACUCCCGUGCUACCUAUCUUAUUGUUGGUGGUCUGGGCGGUCUGGGCCGAAGUCUCGCGCGAGAGUUUGUCGCGUGCGGUGCACAACACAUCGCCUUCAUCUCUCGGUCAGGCGCUGCCAGCGCUGAGGCUCGCGAGGUUGUUGAGGAGCUCUCUGCCCGAGGUGCCCUGGUCAGGACCUACCGCGCCGACGUUGCCGACGAGGCAUCAUUCCUCGCCGCCAUGGAGCAGUGCUCACGCGAGCUGCCACCCAUCCGCGGAGUCGUGCAGAUGGCCAUGGUGUUGCGCGACAGCGUGAUUGAGAACAUGUCGUACGCGGACUGGAGCGUGCCGUUGCGGCCCAAGGUCCAAGGCACGUGGAACCUGCACCGCUUCUUCGACCAGUCGCGGCCGCUUGACUUCUUCAUCGCCUGCUCAUCUGUGUCAGGCGUAUGCGGCAACGCCGGGCAAGCGCAGUACGCGGCUGGCAACACGUACCAGGACGCCCUGGCAUCGUACCGGCGCGCACGCGGGCUCAAGGCCGUGGCCGUCAAUCUAGGCAUCAUGCGCGACGUCGGCGCCAUCGCCGAGUCAGCUGGCGUCGGAAACAACCUGUCGCAGUGGGAGGACGUCAUUGGAAUCCGUGAGCCGGCCUUCCAUGCGCUUAUCAAGAGCCUGAUCGCGCGUCAGCGCGACGGCGACAACGCGGCCGCCGACCAAUGCCCCGCCCAGGUCUGCACUGGCCUUGGCUCUGCGGACCUCAUCGCCGCCCAUGGCCUGUCCCUGCCGUAUUACUUUGCCGACCCGCGGCUGGGACCCCUGGCCGUGCGGACGAGCGUCGCAACUCAGUCUUCGGCAGACGGGCAGGGCGCCGGUGCGUCGCUUGCGUCGCGCCUUGCUGAGGCUGGCGGGAACCCCGAGCAGGCGACCGAAGUGAUCCUGGACGCGCUAGUCCACAAGAUCGCCGACAUGCUGCAGAUCCCAGCGUCCGAGGUCGAUCCUAGCCGUCCCAUGUAUAGAUACGGCGUUGACUCGCUCGUGGCCCUCGAGGUGCGGAACUGGAUUACGAGGGAGCUCAAGGCGAACAUCGCCCUGCUGGAGAUCCUGGCUGCCGUGCCGAUGGCAACAUUUGCGGGCAAGAUUGCUGAGAAGAGUAAGCUGGUUGCGGGCUCAGAAUGA